AGUGCUGUGUGGGUCGGUGGGACAGCUUUUCCAUCCUCCAGGCCAGUGAUGCAGGCAUCACCACAACGCUGGGCCUUCAGGCUGCUCCCUCUCCUCCUGGCCUCUCGCCUGCUUGCCGUUACCGGGAGUAUUGUCACAGCUGAAGAGGAGCUGGAGAAAGAGAGGGACCCAGCCUAUUGGAAUGCUCAGGCCAAAGAGACACUCCAAGCCGCGCUGAGACUCCGCCCCCGAGCGCACCGCGCCAAGAACAUCAUCCUCUUCCUGGGGGACGGAAUGGGUGUGUCCACUGUGUCUGCGGCUCGCAUCCUGAGGGGUCAGAUGGAAGGAAGGUCGGGAGAGGAGACAGUGCUCGCCAUGGAUGCCUUUCCGUACCUCGCGCUCUCUAAGACAUACAGUGUUGAUAAGCAGGUAGCAGACAGCGCUAGCACAGCUACAGCGUACCACUGCGGAGUGAAGGCUAACGCUAAGACAGUGGGCCUUAGCGCCAAUGCAGUGGCCUACGAGUGCAACACCACGUUUGGGAAUGAAGUGUACUCCGUGCUACAUCGUGCCAAAACACAAGGGAAGUCAGUGGGCAUCGUGACCACCACUCGUGUACAGCAUGCCUCUCCUGCUGCCGCCUAUGCCCACUCAGUGAGCCGCAGCUGGUACAGCGAUGCUGACAUUCCCUCUAGUGCCCGCCGACAGGGCUGUGUUGAUAUUGCCACACAGCUGGUGACCAACGUUGACAUUGAUGUUAUCCUGGGUGGGGGGCGGAUGUAUAUGACACCAAAGGGAACUCCAGACCCUGAGUACCCCACUUCCUCGUCCCGGAAAGGGGAUCGGAAAGAUAAGAGGAACCUCAUUGACGUCUGGAUGAAGGCCCAGCAGCACAAGAGUUCCCAGUAUGUUUGGCACAGGAAGCAGUUUGACGAGAUAAAUGUAAAGACUACUGACCGUCUCCUGGGUCUCUUUGAGCCAAAGGACAUGCGGUUUGAGGUUUUCCGGAAUGCCACACGUGACCCGUCCAUCGUCGAGAUGACAGAGAAAGCCAUUCAGAUCCUCAGCAAGAACCCCAAAGGCUACUUCCUCUUUGUGGAAGGAGGGAGAAUUGACCAUGGGCACCAUGAUGGCAUUGCCAAGCUGGCGCUGACUGAGGCUGUGAUGUUUGACCGGGCGGUGCAACGAGCCUCCCGGCUCACCAGAGAAUCAGACACCCUCACUGUCGUAACCGCAGACCACUCCCACGUCUUCACCUUCGGAGGAAACACCCCCCGCGGAAACCCCAUUUUUGGUUUGGCACACAAGAAGGCAGAUGAUAGGAUGCCAUUCACUAGCAUCCUGUAUGCCAACGGUCCUGGUUAUGUACAUGUGAAUGGAACGAGAGGAAACAUCACAUUGGUGGAUUACUACGAUGAAGAGUACAUGCAGCAGGCUGCAGUCCCUCUGGACUCUGAGACCCACGGCGGGGAGGACGUGGCCAUCUACGCCAAAGGCCCCAUGGCCCACCUCUUUCACGGGGUCAAAGAGCAGAACUAUAUCGCCCACGCCAUGGCCUACGCAGCCUGCAUUCCACCCUACACGGACUGCCCACCACAUCCACCCGCCUCAACCGGACACACACACACCCUCUCUGGGCUGCUUCUCUGUCUGGCUAGCCUCCUCUGGAUCCUGUUCAGAUGACGACACACAAUCCGACCAUCAUGGGUACAGUGUCCAUAUUAGGACAGUUACCGGUCCAUAAAAGUUGUGCCGGAGAUGGUGGAAACGGGAUAGUUCUAGGUUGUCUAUUUUGGAGAAGUGUCUAGAUUGCUACGUCAUAUUGCACUGCAGCAAUUUCUAACCAUCCUCAUAAGGUUCUAAAUGGAACAUGUAAGGUGCUAUAAAGAUCAUUUUCUGAAGGUUCUAUAAAGAACUGUUAAGAAAGAUUCUACAUAGCACCAAAACCGGGUUCCGCUAUGCUUAUACAACUCUGUUUGGGACUUUAUGGAGAAUGGUUCUAUAACUAACCUUUCACAGUCUGAAAGGUUCUUUAUAGAACCUUUAUGGAGAAUGGUUCUAUAACUAACCUUUCAAAAUCCGAAAGGUUCUUUGUAGAUCCUUUUGAAGAAACAUAAAGGGUAUUUUAAUCUGAUCAGCCAUAUUAUAUUGUUAAAAUUCCAUCUGUGUAAUUUUUGUGUUACUUGACAAGUAGAAUCAAGUGAGCUACCUCUGGAACAUCCGGGAGUAGUCAACCGUUCACAAUUGACACAAGGUCAUACGCGAGUCUUUCACAAGACACCGUCACCGGCCACAGUCAUAUAUAAUAUGUAACGGAAUAACACGACACUGGAAUUACACUCUUACUCACGGUUGCACAAAAACAGCUAUGACUAAAACCACGGUCCAAAAUAUUCACCAGCCACUAAAAGAGCUAUGACUAAAACCACGGUCCAAAAUAGUCACACAAGCCACUAAAAGAGCAAAGAAUCCUGUAAAGAACCAUUGAAGAGCUCAAAGGGUUAUUGGAGUCAUUACGGUUCCACUUAUAACCAUCCCAAAGAACCCCUUGAGGAACCCUCAUGUUUUAGUGUGUACAAUAUUAAUGUGGUUUGUAGUGAAACUGGAAAACAGGAAACCUGGAAUGUCACCAAGAUGUAUUUCCUAGUAGAGGUAGGCCUUACGAUAAACUCCAAAGAGAUGGGGUCUGUAUAUUUUAUUUGCAAUCACUAUAGCUGGACUAAGACAAUAAGAUGACUGGUAACUAAAGAAGAUGUAGUGGCUCAAGUAGUAUGGUCACAUAUCUAAAUUGUUACUAUGGCAAUUUAAAAUGGAUCUGACCAUAGCUCAAAUAAUCCUAAAUACUAAAUCUAGAGAUGUUUUUAUGUUAAAUGCACAUGUUUAGUAUUAAAAACAUGUCUUUGCUUCGA